UCUAGCCAGAAUGCAUUGUGCAGCAUGCUAGACCCAGCAAAUGAUCGAUUCUGCGCAGAUCUGGUUCAUCUCUAACAAGCUUAUUGUUGCUGUCGUCGGGUGGAUAACGAGCACGCGGACACGCGAGAGAAGAUUGUCACUUUUUUAGUGGUGCCUUCAGUUUUAAGCCCAUGAAAACAAUAGCAGUCCUUGGAGGGGGAAUUGGGGGUUUGGCAGCAUCGUACUACCUCUGCAAGAGCCCUCAGGUUACUAAGAUUAUUGUAUUGGAAUCCAGCAGUCGUUUUGGAGGUUGGCUGUGGUCCACUAGGAGGUCAGAUGGGGCAGUGUUUGAACAUGGACCCAGAGGGAUUCGACCUUCUGGGGCAGUGGGGUGCAACACACUCAAUAUGGUGGAUGAUCUGGGUCUUGGAGGGGAGAUUCUGCCAGUUACCCACAGUCAUGUUGCUUCCAAGAACAGAUACCUGUAUGUCAACAAACAGCUCCACAGGAUGCCUUCAGGAAUAAGUGGACUUUUGCGUACUGUCCCACCCUUCUCUCGUCCCCUCCUGUUGAGCAUGGCCAUGGAGAUACUGGUGAAAAAAGGCAAGAAUGAUGAUGAGACUGUCCACUCAUUUUUUUCCAGAAGGCUUGGAAAAGAGCUGGCUGACAUAGCUGUGGACAGUUUGUGUCGUGGUGUGUUUGCCGGGGACUGCAGGAAGUUAAGUGUACGUUCUUGUUUUCCUCUCUUCUACAAUGCAGAGCAGCGCAGAGGUUCACUGACACUGGGCAUGCUGCUGGGCUCAGGUCCCACUGUUGUGGUCCCCCCUGGUCCUCUGGCUCAGAGAUCUAUUAAAGAGUCAUGGGUCCAGUGGUCCCUGAGCAGAGGAGUGGAGUCCAUCCCGGAAUCCAUCACUGAGUACCUGCAACAGAGUGGGAGAGUACAGCUUCACAAAGAGGCAGCUGUUGAACACAUCAGUCCUUCAAUCUCUGGCUGGAAGAUCCAUUUGGAGGAUGGAGUCAUAUCAGCUGACCACAUCAUCUCUGCACUGCCUGCUAAAGCCCUCUCUUCGAUCCUGCCCUUCUACUGUCAUCCUCUUGUCCGGGAGCUGCAGAACAUGCACACUGUAACAGUCGCUGUGGUAAAUCUUGAGUAUGAGGGUUCCAUCCUGCCUGUAAAGGGUUUUGGACACCUGCUCCCAUCAUCAGAGGAUCGGGGUGUACUAGGGGUGGUCUAUGAUUCUGUUCUCUUCCCUCAACACAAUAAGCCUAAUGGUCAGACAACUAGACUGACGGUGAUGAUGGGUGGUGCCUGGUUCCAGGAAGUGUUUGGGGCCCCAGAAGCAAUGACAGAAGAAUGUCUUUUAAAAAGAGCCAUUGAGGCAGUGCAUUGCCAUCUGGGAGUCACCAUAGCCCCCAGCUGGAGUCACGUUGCUCUGCAGAGGGAUUGUAUCCCUCAAUAUUAUCAAGGACACUUUCAAAGAGUAGAGUUCAUACGUAGCUUCAUAAGGAAGAAUAAUCUCUCCAUAUCUCUGAUUGGUUCCUCCUAUGAUGGUGUGUCAGUAAAUGAUGUAAUAUUUGGUGGAAGGACAGCUGUAGAGGAGCUGUUGGGAACUGAAGGUUGAUGGUGCUGGUCAAAACUGAAAAAUCAUUCUGCAAGCUGCAUAGAAAGUCACUGGUAGUAGUUUGAAAACUUUAUGCAAGAAGCUGAAUGGUGAAGUCCUUUUUCCUUCUAUAUAUAAUGAAUGUUAUAUGUGAUGUUCAUGUCUAAAUAAUGAUAGGUUGUGCUAAUGCAGUUUCUGAAUGUUCCAGAUUGUGUGGGUUCUCACCAUAUUAGAUCUCUAUUAUUUUGUUUCAAAGAGACAGACAGGAUUAUUACUUUUCAAUGCAUCUGAUUUCCCUAUUGUGCCUUUAAAUAAAGCUUUAUUGUACC